UCCCCGUGGCCCGAAUGCUUCUGUCUUUAGGCAAUUAAAUAAAAAAAGUUCCUUUCCCAUUGUUCCAGUGUACUGUAUCUCACAACCCUCGCCUUUUCACUAUUAUUUCUUUAUGACCCAUCAAAGAAUAAUGAAUUUUCUUCAAGAACAAGUUGUUUUGGAGCUCUUGUUUCUUGACAUAGUCUUGUGAAUCUUGCUAUUUCCAGAGAUGGGUUGGUGGAGAUUUGUUCAACCAAGUUAAUCUCACACGGGGCUCUUGAUAUUUGCUUGUGCACAAGUUUAGGGUUUUAGAAGGACUUGAAAGUUCACAUUUUUCUUCUUUGUGGUGUGGGCAUGAAUUGAGGGAGAAAGUUAGAAAUGGCAUUUGCGAGCAGAACACGAAAUAUGUUCGAGGCUUUGGUAAGUGAAGGAUCAUUAAAUCGGUUACUUAGAAGGCGAAGCUCCUUUGCAGAGGAAUUUGAGGAGCUGGAGAGGUCUCCAUCUGCUGGAAACAAUUGGAUACCCGAGCUCUCUCCCCUUGCGAAUAUCGUCGUGCGCAGAUGCUCAAAAAUCCUCGGAACCACUUCAAUUGAGCUUCAGGAAAGCUUUAAUGCUGAAGCAUCCGAUUCGAUAAAGCAAAAGUUAUGGUAUGCGAGGAACUUCUUGGAAUUCUGCUGUUUCAGGACUCUUGCUCUCUCCGCUCAAGUGAUUGGUCAUCUAGCGGAUAAAAAGUUUCGACGCCUUACUUUCGACAUGAUGGUUGCCUGGGAAUCCCCAACAGCUUCCAGUCAAUCUUUAAUUAAUUUAGAUGAUGAUCUGUCAGUCGGGAUGGAAGCUUUCUCUAGGAUAGCUCCUGCGGUUCCCAUCAUUGCCAAUGUGAUUAUUUGUGAAAAUCUUUUUGAGGUUCUUACCGUCUCAACAGGUGGCCGGCUUCAUUUCUCUGUCUAUGACAAGUACCUAAAUGGACUAGAGAGAGCAAUUAAAAAGAUGAAGAGACAAUCAGAAUCAUCUCUUUUGUCUGCCAUUCGGUCAUCGAGAGGAGAAAAUAUACUUGAGGUGGAUGGAACAGUUACUACUCAACCGGUUUUUGAACAUGUCGGAAUAUCAACAUGGCCAGGUCGAUUAAUACUGACAGAUCAUGCAUUGUACUUUGAAGCCCUUCGAGUUGUAUCUUAUGAUAAACCCAAAAUAUAUGAUUUAUCAGAUGAUCUAAAACAAAUUGUUAAACCUGAGCUCACUGGACCAUGGGGUACUCGACUUUUUGACAAGGCAGUCUUAUACAAAUCCAUUUCCUUAUCAGAACCAGCUAUUAUCGGGUUUCCUGAACUUAAAGGGCACACUCGGCGUGAUUACUGGCUAGCAAUAAUCCGGGAAGUUUUAUAUGUUCAUAGAUUUAUAAAUAAGUUCAACAUUAUUGGAAUUGAAAAGGACGAUGCACUUUCUAAAGCCGUUCUUGGAAUUUUGCGUGUGCAAGCUGUUCAGGAAAUUAGUUCCUCGAGUUCUGUUCGCUUCGAGUCUCUUCUCGUGUUUAACCUUUGUGACCAAUUGCCCGGGGGAGAUUUAGUACUGGAGACUCUUGCAAAUAUGUCAAGCUCAAGGGAAUUAGACCGGGGUAAAAAUGUUGCAACUAGUGGUGGCAUGUACUCGAUCUCAGCCUUGACCAUGGCCUCGAACUUAGGUUUUAUGUUUGGUUCAAGUUCAAAUAAUCCAAGUGAGGCUGGAUUGCUUGUGGGUGAACUAGCUGUGGGCGAGAUUAGUUUGAUGGAGAGAGCGAUUAAAGAGUCUAGAGAAAACUAUAAAAAAGUGGUGCUAGCCCAAGAAACAGUUGAUGGAGUUAAAGUAGAUGGUAUCGACACCAAUGUAGCUGUUAUGAAGGAGUUACUUCUUCCGGUGAUGGAACUCGGGAAGUUGCUUCUGUCGCUGGUAUAUUGGGAUGAUCAUCUGAAGUCUUUUCUGUUCUGUUCGAUUUUCACGUACAUUAUCUUCAGGGGAUGGGUGGGUUAUACCUUUGCAUCGGCUCUACUCCUUAUUGCGAUAUUUAUGGCGGUUACGAGAUUUUGCAACCAAGGCCGGCCAUUGGCCGAAAUCAAGGUAAAAGCACCUCCUCCUAUGACCACAAUGGAGCAGCUUUUGGCUGUUCAGAAUGCAAUAUCUCAAGCCGAACAGGUUAUCCAGGACGGAAACAUUGCUCUUCUUAAGUUUCGUGCCUUGCUGCUCUCGAUUUUCCCACAGGCAAGCGAGAAGCUUGCAGCCGCGCUGGUGCUUACAGCGUUGAGUCUGGCGUUGGUGCCUAGUAAAUACGUGGUCAUGGCGGUGUUCUUGGAGACGUUUACAAGAUAUUCGCCUCUGAGGAAGGCGAGCACGGAAAGAUGGAUGAGGAGACAGAGAGAGUGGUGGUUCAGCAUCCCAGCAGCUCCGGUGGUACUUGAAAUCCAAAGCCAGAGAGAAAAGGAAGAUAAGAAGAGAAAGUGAUUAGUUGACUGUAAAUUGAAACAACUCAAAACAUGAAAUCAAAAAUUGUUUUAAUUUUUUCACAAUCUAAAGAUUAUGAAUUGUUGGUAUUUGUAAGACAAUACCAUUUUAUUAUGGGUAAAAUACAUGU